AUGGCGGCGGCGGCCACGGCCUCUUCGGCGGCGGUCUUGGGCGGGCGGGCCGCGGUGUCGCCCCUGCUCCGACGGGGCCGAGGGCGGAGGCGACGGCCCCGGGGCGGGCGCGAGGAGAAGCGGAAGAGGCGGAGACCUGCCCGCCAGGCCCCCUCUGCAGCCCCGGCCCUCGCCACCAGCAGCCCCCGCCGGCCCGGCCUGCCUCGGGAGCGGAGCCUCCGCCGCCGCCGCCCCCAGACCGAGGCGCCGCCCUGCUUUCUGGUCAGGGAAGGGAAGGCCUACGCUCCCCUUCGCCAUGCGCAACGUGAACCCCGUCUGAAUCCGGCCCCGGGAGCGAAGCUCCAAAUCCGCAAUUCCCAGACCAUGUUUGUCAAGUGGAUAGAUGGGAGACGCAGGGAUUUUGCAGCAUGGCCCGAUGCGUGUGGUGUGACUCAUGAGCGUUUUGUCGAAAAGAUUCCUUUGGCAGCUGAUCGCGUAAACGAGCGCUCCCCUGGAUCGUGUUUUUUGUGUUUUACCUCUUUUCCUGUCGUUCUCUUUUUCUCCGCAGGCUUCAUAUUCAGAGCGCCCAUCACGUUGAGCAGGCCUGCGGAGCUUCACGAGGAAUACAGAAGCCAGCUGCGGAAGCUGAGAGAUGAAAAGUUGCAGGAAGAGAGAACUCCGGAGGAUUUUAUUCACAAGCUGAUUUUGGAGGACCCUGAAGCAGGGCGGAGAAAAGCAGACGAUCAAAAGAAGGAGGAGUCUUCGGCAGUCAAGAUGACACAGGAGCAUCUUCCUGAGCGCCUCUCCGAUUCUGAGAACGAAGAACCGUUCCAGGGAAAACCUGGCCACCAUCGGUCAGCCUUCGUCUCCAAGGGGAACUCUUACUCGCUCGCACUCCUCUCGGGAACCCUGUACUCCAGAGUAGAGCGAAGCCAGAGUUGCAAUGACACCCUUCGGGAGAGAUCGAAGAGCAGGCAGAGAUCCGCUCCAGUCAGAACGAAGAUCAACCCACCGGCGAGCGUGUCCACCCCCAUAGCCGGAGUCCUCUCGUCCACCCAGAAUAAUCGCUGCCUCUCGGCCCCGGAUUUGACUGCGGAGAAGAGGGCGGGUCUCGCCGCCGCCUCGCUGCCCGCCCUCCCCAAGCCGGAGCGGUCCAUCAGCCCCGAGAGCAACGACAGCAUCUCGGAGGAGCUCAACCACUUCAAGCCCAUCGUCUGCUCGCCCUGCACGCCCCCGAAGCGGCUUCCCGACGGGGGGGUCCUGAGCCCCUUCAUCAUCAAGUCUACCCCCCGGAACCUGACCCGGAGCCUGCAGAAGCCCACCACCUACGAGGCGAGUCCCCGGAUCCUGAGGAAAUGGGAGCAGAUCUUCCAGGAGCGCCAGAUCAAAAAGACCCUCUCCAAAGCCACCCUGACGUCUUCGGCCCUGGAUGCGGGCGAGGAUUUCCUGGUCCCUUCCCUGAACGCGCUGCAUGUUGUCAAGGAGCCCGCGCAAGCGUCGAAUGACUUUCUGAUCCCCGGUAGCCUCGCGCACGCCCAGUCGGAUGGUUUUUCCUCCCCGCGUGGAAGAAAAUUCGAAAGAGCCAGCGGCAUCGAGAGAGACUUGGCGGCGGGCAAUGGCCCCAAAGCAUCCAACGCCCGCAGUCCGAACUCAGCCUCGCGCCUGGCCGGCUCGGGCCUCGGUGCCAGCGCGGGAGCUCAGGAGGGGACCAAAGUCCACGCGGCCUGUCCGGAGAAUGGCACCCCUGCCCGAGCGGCGGCGGGGAAGAAGCGGCAGCGGCUCAAGUACCUCUACGAAAGCGAGCGGCCCAACGGCGUCUGCUGCGGCGAGGAGGCUUUCUCCCUGCGGCAGGGACGCAAGAGGCAAUGCAAGACCAAACACUUGGAGCAGAGCUGCGCCGCCAAGAGGCCGAGGCAGGGAGGGCUGGGGGCGGCGGCCAAGCCCCUCCGAAGGAGCCGGGCGGAGCGGAGGCGGCAGGAGGAGGAAGACCGGCGGCUGGCGCUGCAGCUCCAGUGGGCCUUCGACCGGGAGAACAGGAAAGGGGCCCGCCGGAGAGGCCGAGCGGAGCAGUACUUCCUGCGCUCCAAGAGCACCCUGGGCGCCCAGUAGGGCCCUGCCCCGAAACGAUGCUGUCUGCUCUAGACGUGCGCCGAGGUCUUGACGGGGAAAGGAGCCGCCGUCGGUCCCCUUCUCCUGCCGCCGAACGAACGAUGCGUUUCGCUCAGAUGGUUAGAAGGGUCGUGCGGAAGCCCCGGGGGGCUCUCUGCGCAAGUGCGACGCUCUCCCGAAACUGCUUCUGAGCCUAAAAACGGCACUUGUUUGCAGUUUGCUCUCUGGCAAAAGACGCUGGGUCAGAAGGACUUGGGGGAGUCCUCUGUGGACCCCGCCCCCCAUACAUACACACACACGAAUGCAACAAA